UUCCCUCCAGCGGCGUUCCUCAGAAUGUGGUGUAGAACCGUACUUCUGGUGUGUGCUUGGGUGGGGGUGUUGGCGCAGACGAGCAAGCCACGUGACGACCCCCAGGGCACCACCACAGUCGUGCCCAUCCUGCGACACAUCAACAAGCUGAACGGGGACGGCUCCUACACCUACGGAUUCGAAGCUGCCGAUGGGACGUUUAAGCUGGAGACGCGUGAUGCCCUUGGAAACGUGAAGGGGAAGUUUGGCUACACUGAUAACGAGGGGAAGCUCAAGGUAGUGGAAUAUGCAGCGGGUAACGGGACUGGAUUCGAGACUCAGUCCGAUGUGAUAUCCUCGGAAUCCACGCCGCCUUCCUUCGACACCAAGCUGCUCUCCGACUUCUCUUCAAGACGAGCUCAGAGACCGCAAAAGCAAGUGAAGCGCCAGCAGUCCUCUUCCUCUCCUUUCCCUCCUCCUCUCUCGUCCUCAGAUUUCCCACAGCCGUCACCCCAGAUAACCAGCCGUGCCCAGCCCACGCCUCACCCCCAGCUCCCUGCAGAGGCGGAGUCCCAUGAUGUCUUCGUUCCCCCAGUUCGAUCCUCACCCCACUACCACCUUUAGACCUCAGAGGCGCCAGAGACCUCAGCGGCAGCGUCAGACACCCAGGCGCCACCCUACGUUCAGACCCACCUCCACCCCUCAGUCUGAGGAACCCCAGCCCAACCCCCAGCCUCAACCUACUUCCAGGCCCCGGUUCCGCCCCCAGCUUCCAUCACACACUGAUUUUGAGCCCCAGCCCCAGUUUGGAUCUCAGUUCCCUCCCCAGGAUGAUGACUUCCAACCCCAGCAUCAACCUCAGGACACUUUCAGACCACAGUUCCUCCCCGGCACUCAGCCUCAGCUCACCUUUGUGCCUGAUUUUACUACUCAGCACCAGUCAGAGUCAGACCCACAACCACAGCCCACCUUCAAACCCAGAUUCCCCUCCCGGCCAGCAUUCAGACCCCAGACUCCUGCGGCAAGACCCUCUGCCUUCCCUCCGCCGGUCGAGGAGCCCCAGCAGUUCCUCAGGAGAAAGGCAGAACAAGAUCAGGAUCAAGAUGGAGAGCCACAACACAUAUUUCCGAGCCCUCAGUUCGCCACCAAUCCGUUCCCCGCAGUUUGGUUCUCGAUUCCCACAAGCGGAUCAAGGUAGCCAGCAGUUCCCAUCCCAGCCCAUCCUCCCCAAAACCCCACAGUUUCCCAGGAGGCUUCCAGGAGGCUCUGGUUUCGCUGGUACUAGUAGAUUUCCACUCCAUAAGAAUGAAGGAGCCUCGGCAGAGAAGAACACACCGCCUUCAUUCCCAGCCUCCCCCUCCCAGCCAUCUGGCGUCUUACCCGCUGGGACCUUCUCUAUCCCCAGACCUGGGCGUCCUCUGAGACCCACUCCAGUAAGUCCCAAGCCUCAGAGAGUCCCCAGUGCCCAGGAGGCUCCCUUCUUCCCCCGGCAGCCCCAGUUCAGUCCACAGACCCCUCAGUUUCACGGGCAGGAGCCUUCCAAGUUCGAUGAUUUUGAUGGGUGAUUUUGCUUUUCAACAGGAUCCGUCUCAGUUUGGACAGGACCCAGCCCAGUUUGGUCCACCGGCACCUACAUUCACACGUAAGCCACAGUUCGAGAGGGAUCCGUCACCUUUCGGCCAAGGGGCACCACACUUCGGUGGUCAAGGGAUUUCAUCCUUCGGUCAAGGAGUGUCCCAGCCUAGCCAGGGAGCGUCAGUGUUUGUGCAACAGUCACCACAGUUUGGCCAGGGACAGGGGAAGCCACAGUUUGGCGUAGGGCAAGGACAAGGAACACCACAGAUUAGUCCAGCAGCACCGCACUUUGGCCAGGGACAAGGAGCACCACAAUUUGGCCAAGGACAAGGAGCACCACAGUUUGGCCUAGGACAAGCUAAGCCACAGUUCGGCCAAGGCCAAGGAACACCACAGUUCAGUCCUGUAGCACCACACUUUGGGCAAGGACAAGGAACACAGUUUGGCCAAGGACAAGCACAAGGAGCACCACGACCAACCCCAGUACCAUCACACCCUGACCAAGUAGCACCGCAGUUUGGUCAAGGAACAGCACUGUUUGGUCAAGGUGCACACUUCGACUUCGGCCAAAACGUGUCACCAUUUGGCCAGGGAGCAUCACACUUUGGUCAGGGUUUGUCACAGCCCGACCAAGGUCCCCAUAAUUUUGAUGAAGCUGCACCACAACCAGCCCAACCCAAGCCGCAGCCUGGUCGAGGAACGUCAAGGUUUGGUCAGGGGAGGCCAACAUCUAGUCGUGGAAGGCCGCAAGCGGGCAGAGGCACGUCGCCAUUUGAUCAGGAGCUUGACAAAUCCGGCCAGGAUGCCUCCAGUGCCAACCGAGGCACGUCACGGUUCGGCCAGAGCAGACCUAGGGUAGGCCAGAGGCAGUUUGGUCGCAGGCCACAAACUUCCCAGAAAACGCCCCAGUUCGGCGAAACAGCGCCCCCGUCCACACACAAGAAGCCUGAGUUUGACAAGAAGCUUGAAGAGGAGGAAAAGCCUGUGUUUGGACAGCAGCCUGCCUUCCCUCAACAGCCUGCCUUUGGACAACAGCCUGCAUUCCUGGGACAGCCACAGUUCCUACCACAGCCUUUCGCUGGUCAGGGCUUCGGUCUCGUCAGUCCAGAACAGAUCAAGCAGAUUCAGCAGCAGGGGGGACGCUUCAGGCCCCAACUAGUAGUUCCUCAGCAGGGCUUCCCAGCGCAGGGCUUCCAAGGGUUCCCAGUCCACCCCCAGCAGAGAUUUGGCGUUCCCCUGACCGCAGGGCAGUCCUUCCUCGGAACUCAGCCUUUUUUCAACCCAUCCCAGCAAUCAAGCUUCGCUGACGACGCAAAGGAGAGUGACGACACGCACGACAAGGAGUCCUAAGAGGCGCUCCGAGCACGCAUCGUCGCUCACCCUUCAGUAAAUGAUCCUUGUGAACCGUGAUUGGGUGUUGUGAUUGAGCAGCGAGACAUUUAAGCUGGUGAGGGUGUGGGAAGUGCCGGGGGACCUGGACACUGAUGGAGUGGUGGAGAGGAUGGUGUUAGUGGUGCAGGGGUGCUGGUGUGUGACACGUUAUUUCAGUGGCGAUUUGCAGUAAACUAAAUAUUCGAAUGAGAAAAAUGAAACGUUCUAGUUAUGACAUAAGAACAUAAGAACAUACGGAAAUCCGAGAAGCUGCAAGAAGCCAGCAGGUCUACACGUGGCAGUCCGUUUCAAACAUACACACCUAUGUCCACCUAUCAUCCCUAUCCAUAAAUGUACCUAAUCUUAUAACCAGACAAAAUUGAGGAUAAAAGCAGACGUCAUAUGACUUUGUAAUUAUAGUACAUCAAUCAAUCAAUCAAUCAAAAAGGUCUGACAGAGAGAGGUAAGGCGGGAUCAAGGAAACAAGAACCACAUUAAAUUCUUUAAAAGCAUAUUUCAUCCCUUAAAAAGAUUAUAUUAAGUUAAUUCUUCUCACAACCGAAAACUUAUCCAUCAGAAAACCCUUACCACACCUUCAGGAGAAAACAAUCCCACACACUGUCCUAAUUCACUCCCUCUCCCAUGCACACAUUCCGCACCUCCAUGCCUUCGAGUCCCCAAAGACGCGAGCCAACCCUGAGCACCGCACUAUAAAUCACCAGAACCUCUUUAUCUUAAGCAAACCAGGAGGGAAAUAAACAAGAGACUAUCGGGCGUGAGGGAGGGACUAGGCCAAACCUUCCCUCUUCUCUUCUGGGUCACUAGACUCACUACGAAAUUCCUCUCCCAGCAAAACACUGAAUAAAAAGUUAGGGCGGCACAUAAACUUGGGGUCCUGCCACAGUUAAGAUGUCCCGGCAACGAGUAAGCAAACCACUUGUGGCGAAAUACAAGUCAACUUUUAAUAUAGAAGUCAGGAUAGCAAGAGAGAUGAUGUGAAAAUUAAACUAGAAUUUCCCUCUCAAUAUUGAAGUUAGAAGAAAAGAACAGCACAAGAAAAAAAAAAUCACUCUUGAAAGGAAAAUUGAACAAGAAACAGAAAAGUCGAAAAGAGUUAAUAUAGAAACAUCCCAAAAUUUCAUUCUCAAUAUGAAACUAAAAUUGACCAACGAAAAAAAAAAGUUAGAAGAAAAAGAUAACAUGAUCAAGAAAACAAAAAAAAAUACACUCAAUAUGAAAGUAAAAUCAAGAAAAAUAACAGUAUAAAAAGAAUAGACACAAUAUCACUGUCAACAUGAAGGUCAGAAUAACCAAACCUAGAAAAGAUAGCAAAACAAAAAAUACUAAAGCUUAAUGAACUCACAACACGCAAACAACAUUACGAAAACAAGAACACAAGCACGAAAAGUUGAUAAAAAAAAAAAGAGCAACAAUUCCCCACCAACGCGAAAUAAAGAAAACGAAAACAUGAGACAGAAAAUAAGAAAACCAACGUCUGAAUUCCUCUAAUUUAUUAAACCCGUCAUUGUUGUCUUUGGGAAACGAUCCUUGACUGUAUUCUUCAUUGCUUUUUCUUAUCGAUCCCUUUUUUUUUUUUUUAUCUCUUAUUGUUUCGUCCUUCUUCAUCUGCUGGUGCCGAGUGACUGCCUCCACGUAUUGAAUGGCGAGACGGUCCUUGCAAUAAAGAAUAUAAUCCCAA